UACUACCUGCACUACUGGAGACGCUUCUGAAGGACCUCCUUUCAGCUUCACAACUUCAGAAACACAAGAUGGCGAAGGCGGGCUUUAUCUGCUGCCGAAGCGCGAAUGAACAGGAUGUGGCAAAAAGUUUCUUUGGCUUGAUAGAACUGGAGGUCUGGGAACCUAAUGAUGACCCACGGGAGAAAGACGCCAAACAUCGUAGCUGUAGAUUUUUAUCUCUUACUAUGCCGUUUGAUGAUCUGACAACGGAUGAGAACUACAUGCUGGAGAUGACGCGGCUAAGAACCUUCCUGGUCUGACACAGCGAAUGCAGAGCAUCCUUUGGAAUUCACCCAACUUGUCUCGCCUCUCUGCCGGAAAAUCCUUGUGAUGAGGAUCCUAAAAACAUAUGUAUUUCAGUUGUAUCUAAAGCAUAUCCACGUGUAAUUGUCUAACAAUUGUU